UCCCGGAGGCGAGGGGGCCUCGGGCGGAUGGCGGAAGGCGCCCAGCCGCAGCAGCCGCCUCAGCUUGGGCCCGGCGCCGCUGCCCGGGGGAUGAAGCGGGAGUCAGAGCUGGAGCUGCCGGUGCCCGGAGGGGGAGGAGACGGAGCCGAGCCCGGCCUGAGCAAGCGGCCGCGUACGGAGGAGGCGGCGGCCGACGGCAGCGGGAUGCAGAACGAGCCUCUGACCCCAGGUUAUCAUGGAUUCCCAACACGGGACAGCCAGGGUAACCAGGAGCCAACAACAACUCCUGACGCAAUGGUUCAGCCUUUUACUACCAUCCCGUUUCCACCACCUCCACAGAAUGGAAUUCCCACAGAGUAUGGAGUGCCACACACUCAGGACUAUGCCGGCCAGACCAGUGAGCAUAACCUGACACUGUACGGAAGCACGCAAGCCCACGGGGAGCAGAGCAGCAACUCACCCAGCACACAGAACGGAUCUCUGACGCAGACAGAAGGAGGCGCACAGACAGACGGCCAGCAGUCACAGACACAAAAUAGUGAAAAUUCAGAAAGUAAAUCUACCCCUAAACGACUGCAUGUCUCUAAUAUUCCUUUCCGCUUCCGGGACCCUGACCUCCGGCAGAUGUUUGGGCAGUUUGGCAAAAUCCUAGAUGUAGAAAUAAUCUUUAAUGAACGUGGCUCUAAGGGAUUCGGGUUCGUAACUUUCGAGAAUAGUGCUGAUGCAGACAGGGCCAGGGAGAAAUUACACGGCACCGUGGUAGAGGGCCGUAAAAUCGAGGUGAAUAAUGCUACAGCACGUGUAAUGACCAAUAAGAAGAUGGUCACACCAUAUGCAAAUGGUUGGAAAUUAAGCCCAGUAGUUGGAGCUGUAUAUGGCCCUGAGUUGUAUGCAGCAUCCAGCUUCCAAGCAGAUGUGUCUCUAGGCAACGAUGCAGCCGUGCCCCUGUCAGGAAGAGGGGGCAUCAACACUUACAUUCCUUUAAUCAGUCUCCCUUUAGUUCCUGGCUUCCCUUACCCAACUGCAGCCACCACGGCGGCCGCUUUCAGAGGAGCCCACCUGAGGGGCAGAGGGCGGACGGUAUAUGGCGCAGUCCGAGCGGUACCUCCAGCAGCCAUUCCCGCCUAUCCAGGAAUAGUCUUACAGGAACCAAUCAUUAGCGCUAAAAUACCUCAGGGUGGGUACGCAGCCUACAGAUACGCACAGCCCGCCACUGCGACCGCAGCCACCGCCGCUGCCGCUGCUGCAGCCGCUUACAGCGACGGUUAUGGCAGGGUGUACACAGCCGACCCCUACCAUGCCCUUGCCCCUGCCGCUAGCUAUGGAGUUGGCGCUGUGGCGAGUUUAUACCGAGGUGGCUACAGCCGAUUUGCCCCCUACUGAAGUGACGUGAGACCCCUGCAAGUGGGACAGCCCCCCAGUUCAUGAGGCCUGGCUAUUGCAAUAUUUACUAGUAGAGGAACUCUAUAGCAAGAUGAAGAGGAAAAACAAACAAACAAACAAAAAAAAAACACAAAAAAAGAGAGAAUACUUUUUUAUACCUCACUAUGUUCUUUGAAUAUGUAUUUUUCCUUUAAAUUUCUGCCUUUAAUUCUUUUGUUCCAAAGAUUGUGCAUUUUUUUUCUUUUUUUUUCUUUUUUUUUUUAACUGUGGUAAAAAAAAAAAAAAUGCAUUUCCAUGUCUGUAUCUCCGUGCUUAGCUUAUUCUAUCAGUCACGGAAGAGGCAGUUAAUGAGGAAGAAGAGACAUUAGGAGCUGAUACAUGCACCUGAUCAGAAAUCAGCAGACAGGAUUACCAAAGUGAAUCUGGUGCUGACUGGCUGGGGGACAAGCAGAAGUAGAAGAGACCUCUCUGCAACAGGAUAUCCUUCUAGUCUUCUGAGUUUCUGGUCUUUGGCAGGCCAUUCUGAUUGGCUGUGGCUGGAAUCCACAUGCUAAUAGAUGAUAGGAAUGUGUGCUUGCAAAGCAGGAGAAUCACAAAGACACUUUCAUCUCCUCUUCCCUCCUGUCUUCUCCAUUCUUUUUAUAAUCAUCUUAACAUGCACAGCCUGAGAUAGUUGGCAUGGUUUUUGGAAUUAUAGUAUUAAUAUUUCCAAACAUGCGCUCAGACUGUGGAUAAUAAACACCUCAUUAGGCAUCCGGUCUCAGAAUGAACUCUGGAGUCUGAGAAAGACCAUUCUUUUCUUUCCUGUAAACCCUAGCGUUCCUGCUGGGCUUCUUCCCUUUCUUUGAACCACCGCUUAGCUCAUCUCUCCGUUUACUAACACCCUGCUCCCAUGUCCUCAAGAUUCAAGAAUUUAGGACCCAGGGAUAGAAGAAUAAAUAGCCAGUGGCCAGAUUUCCCCAGAGAUCUGGGCAUGGCUUGCAGGCUGAAAGUCCAAAUUGUCGAGUGGCAGUGAAGAGGAUGAGGGCAAGAAAAAGGUUGUUAGAUGAUAUCUGACAAGGUGCCCUGAUAUCCCCAGUGUUUCUCUUGCAUCAGGAAGUCAGCUCAGAGUAUAAAACAUGUAAUAUAGGCUCUGUUGGCAAAAGAUAAAGCACCGAGCCCUAGGUCAGUUGUCCCUGAAGUCUGGUGAGCAGGGCGUGUAAGGGCAGGCAAAGGCACUUUGUAUGAGCUGCAAAGCCAUAGGACUUCUCAUCUUCCAGAGCCUGUGCGAGUCACGUCUCUGUCCACAGCCUGGAGCCCUCAUGGCCAUUUCACCCAGCUUCUCAUUAUCCUCCAAAGACAGCCAGCUGAGCACCUGGACCACUUGGUAUUGGUGAACACUACAGGACAUGAAACUGAAGCCCCUGAGGCUGCUCCCCUCCCUCCCGUACAGGAAGGAGAGUCUGAAAUGGCCAGGACUUCACAUGUUGCCAGAAAGAGCCACUCAUGUGGCCACACAGUGAGUCCCUGCUACACUACCUGGCUUCAAUUUUCUGUCUGUUAUCAGGGCAGGGGGGCUAGGCUUCUCUUCUAGCUAUUAGCUGUUAAAGGCAAGGGUCCUGCAGUAUUUCCAAAAUGAAGGCAUUAGCAAAUGGAAAAGCACGGUCCAUUUGGCUCCCUGGUCUAUUCACAUUGGUACUAGGGUGACCUUUCACCCGUGGGAUAGCUGCUAAAGGGAGCAAUUCAGAGACAUGGAGCUUCUGGUUUGUUAUGGGUUUGUUUUGGUUUGUUGUUUUGUUGUUGUUGUUGUUUUAAUUUUUUUUUUUUACUCCUGCCUCCACACAUGUUCUUGCCUGAUCCUGAUUCUUGUCCCUGAAUUAAAAUGACUGACGUAUGACAGCAUCAA